CACACCUUGCGAGAUGUUUUCACUGGUAGCAGAUUAUGGCGAUAGUGAAGAAUCUUCCUCAUCCGAUUCAUCGGACGCUAGUAGUAAUACUGAAAAACCCACAAACCUACCACCGAAAUCCAACUUUAAACAGCAAACGUAUGAUUUAAAUCAUGACCAAUCCGUACCACCGUUGCCCAGUGCCCGCUCGAUGCUACAGUCCGGAUCGAGUCGCAUCAUCCCGGGCAGCGUAUUUAGCAAUCCGUUCCGUGAGGCGGAAGAAGCGAAACUUGCCAGCCUGGAAAAGCACGUUAAGAUGGUCGAUCCAGAAGCGAUUGCAGCCGAACAGAAGCGAAAAGUGUGCUGGAGCUACAAGAAGGGACGGUGCCGGUUCGGUAGCAAAUGUAACUUUGCACACGAUUCCGAUUUGAUACUGCGCAAAGAGUUGCCGACGGAAGCUGGGAGUGAAAAUGAGCAGGAAAGCAGGUCGACGGCAACCGAGCCGGAAGCGGUAACGAUGGUGAAGAAACCGUUUCCACCGGAUAGGAAAAAGCGUCCCGGUUUAAGCCGGGAGCUGGUACCGCCAAAGAAGGUGCUAAAGAUGUAUCACAAGGAAAAAUACGGGAUGCUUAAAUAA